AUAAACUGGUAAGCGAGUCUGGAGUUUCUUAAGACCUCUCAUUCACUGCCACCAUUCGCUUCGCGCAAACACAGCGAGACUUCGACAUGGCUCCAUACACGAUCACGUACUUCCCUGUCAGAGGGCGCUGCGGUGCCAUGAGAAUUUUAAUGGCUGACCAGGGCCAGGAGUGGAAGGAGAUUGUGGUAUCAAUUGAUGAUUGGAUGAAGGGAGACCUGAAGGCUUCCUGUGUUUUUGGGCAGUUGCCCAAAUUUCAAGAUGGCGAUCUGGUCUUGUAUCAGUCCAAUACUGUGCUGAGGCACUUGGGUCGCAAACAUGGUCUUUAUGGGAAAAAUGACUGUGAAGCUGCUCUCAUUGACAUGAUGAACGAUGGUGUUGAAGAUCUUCGACUAAAAUAUAUUAUGUUGAUUUACCAGAAUUACGAUAAUGGCAAAGACAAGUACAUUAAGGAGCUCUCUGACCAACUUUCCAAGUUUGAGGCUGUCAUGGCCAAGAACAAGACUGGUUUCCUUGUGGGAGAUAAGAUUUCUUUUGCAGACUACAGUCUUUUUGAAGUCCUGCUCAACCACCAGGUGCUCUCCCCCAGCUGUCUGGAUUCCUUCCCAAAGCUCAAGGAAUUUGUGGAGAGGAUGUCUAACCGCCCAAAAAUCAAGGCCUUCCUUGACUCUGAUGCCUAUAAGAAGCUGCCCAUUAAUGGCAAUGGCAAACAGUGAUUUUAUCUGUGUAGACAGAUGAAGAGACAUUCCACACUAACAGUGAUGCACUGUAAUAUGCAUAAAAACAUACAUUAACUAUUAAAGAUUAGCCUGUGAAGUAGGAAGGUGUCAUUACUUCUGUAUGUGUAUAGACAUUUAGCAAGUUUUACAUUUUCCUACAAUUUUUGUAAUACAAACAAUUGUAUGUCAUGGCAAUAAAUUUUCUUUAGAUUUUCA